GCCGCUGCUUCGUCCUCGUCCCCAGCUUCGGUUCCUCUUUCGACUAUCACUACCGCUGCCGCCGCCGCCGCCACCACUACCACCACCGCCGCCGCCGCUGCUACCGCCGCUACCGCUGCCGCCCAGUCUCGCCAUCUUCAACCCCAGCCGGUCACCAUGUCGGGGCCCAUUGUCGUCACCGAGGAGCAACUUCUCGGCAGGACACCCGAACAAUUAAUCGCCACCAUCCUUCAGAUCCAGAUGCAACAUCAGCAGUAUGUCGCUCAUAUCUCGGCGCAAUUCGAUGCCAUCAGCCAACAACUGAGCGACCUCCGCGGAAGCCUAGUAGCCUCCCACCAAGCAGCUGCAUCGGCACUCAGUUCUCGCGACCCGCCUGGGCGGCCUCUUAUUCCUCCUCCGCCGCCGCAACAUGCCACUACUCCGUACUCGCGGGCCCCGCCGAUUCCCAUGCAGACACCGAGUCGCCCCGGUAGACCCUCUGCCGCCUCUCCGCCUACCUCAUCUCACGGUUUCUCUUCUAGACCUCCGGCGCAGGCGCAGACACCGCAGCCCCCGGGGCCGCCCCAAUACAAGUACGGGACCGUCGGUACGGUUGAGGAGGUGUGGAAAGAAUACCGUGAGGGCAUGGAUGGCCAGCCAGCGAUAGAGGAGCUAGAUGCCAACUGGGGCUCUCGCUGGCGACCGGAGCCACGCGGUCGCACCUGGUACUCGAGGCGCAAGGUCAUCUGGGACAAGAUCAAGGAGCACAUAGCCGAGGGCAUGGGGGAGGACGACGCAGUGAAGGAAGUGGAGAGGCUGCGCGAUGGCGGCACCAUCAACAGGCUGAUUCGGAUGCUCCAAGACGAACGCAAGGACAAGGGGGGCGGCGACGACGGCUUAGCCGCUUAGGACGGCUGUAUACUACUUGAUUCGGAAAACGGCGUUAUCUAGGAAGCGGCAUUGAUACCACAACAUAUCAUAUAUGGCAGAGAGAGAAAGAGAGAGAGGGUGCGUGCGUGCGAGCGAGAGGCCGCAUGGAACGGGACCUGGCCGCGUGAGAACCGCGCCGGUAGGACCAGCAUAUCACCGUCGUGAUCACUUUCAUCAUCGACACCGCGCUAUUGAGAGGGAGCACUUCUCGUCAGGGAUUCUCACGGCAAGCUGGGA